CGCGAAUCGAUUCUGUACCGCAGUCGGGUUUAGAGCUUGAAGAUGGCGGACAAAACUAAGGUUACUGAGCAAUAUUACGCGCCGCCGCCCGACCUAGGAGGAUGGGAGUCUUUCAGGAUCUUCGUCUGGAACUCGGAGACGGGACAGGUCCUUGGACGCACUGGAUCGAGCUGGGCUAAAAUCCUGCUCUUCUACGUGAUCUUCUACGCGUGCCUGGUGGGCUUCUUCGCCGGACUUCUGGCCGUCUUCUACCAGACCCUGGACAUGAAGGUGCCCAAGUGGCAGCUGGACAGCUCUAUCAUCGGCAGCAACCCUGGUCUCGGAUUCCGGCCGAUGCCCGAAACGGCCAACGUGGAGAGCACCCUGAUCUACUACAGGGCCAACGACAAGGGAUCCGUGCUCAAGUGGGCCAAGACCAUCGAUGAGUUCCUGCAGACUUACCGCCGUAGGGGCAGCGGCAGCGGAGAGGUGCCCGGCGCGGAGAACCGCGUAUCCUGCGGCUUCAACUCGGGCCCGCUGGGCGACAAGCAGGUCUGCGACGUGCCCGUCGACGACUUCAGCCCCUGCACCCCUUCCAACCAGUACAACUAUGAGCAAGGCGCGCCCUGCGUGUUCUUGAAGCUGAAUAAGAUCUUCAACUGGAAGCCGAAGCUGUACAACACCACCGACGACCUGCCCGGCAACAUGCCAGAAGACCUCAAGCAACACAUCAAAUCUACCUCCGGCAAGAAUGAAGCGAACAUGGUGUGGGUGUCCUGCGAGGGUGAGAACCCCGCUGACGUGGAGAACAUCGGCCCGAUCCAGUACAUCCCCCGGCGCGGGUUCCCUGCCUACUACUACCCCUUCACCAAUAAGGAUGGGUAUCUCAGCCCGCUGGUCGCUGUGCUCUUUGAGAAGCCAAGGACGGGCGUCCUGAUCAACAUCGAGUGCAAGGCGUGGGCCAAGAACAUCUUCUACGACCGCUACGAGCGGCGCGGCUCAGUCCACUUCGAGCUGAUGGUGGACCGCGGUUAAGCACCCAGCGCGGCGCAGGCGGCAACCUCGCAGCCCUGCCACCAGGACUGCGAAUGAGUGUGUGAUUGGUGGAUUAACCACUCCUUUUCACUGUGGUUCUUAACUGGGAGCACUUCAAGUGGUUCACGAAUUAUUAUUUACCAAAACCACCAAUUAUUUAUCACCAGGGAGCCUGAGAAUGAGUGUGUGAAGUUUUGAUUAAUCACUCCUUUUAACUGUUGUUCUUAACUGAUACUCCCUGGACUUCAAGUGGUUCACAAAUUAUCCAGUCUCGAAAUGGCAUUAUUUUUGUGGUCUUAAAGAAAUGAACGUUUUGCUCACUAGUUACAUCAGUAUGUGUUUCAGUGUGAUACAAGAAUUUAUAAACAGAAAACCCUUUGUUGACUAUUCGAUAUAGGUUUUGGUGAUCCCUGAGAAAACAAAAUCGAGUGUUAUAAUCACUGAAAGGUUAAGAACCACUGUUAUAACUCAUUCACUGCUGAGUUACAAUCGUAGCGAAUAACAUGCGUUUCCCAGUAGCGAAAAUGCUUCGUAGAGGCGAAACGGUGAGCGCUGAAUGGGUUAAGUUUUUUUGGGUGAGCUUGCUUAAAACUGCCAUAAGUGGUUAAUCUACUUUUAAUGUUAAUCAUUGUAUUGAUUGUUAAGAUAGAUUUUAAGCGCACUUUCGUGCCAAUGUAAUCUUUAAAAUGGUGGCAGGAUUGUGAAUGGGUUGCUAGUGACGUUGGUUAGUGUUCGCCAUUCAAGUCAGGAUGGUUGCUGGCCACCGGGCAACCAACUAAAAGCGCGGUGGUUCCAGCAACCAGUACUAAAUAAAGUAAGGCCAACGUAAAGAGAUAAGGAAUGUUAACUUUCAAGGCACCAAAACUUUUAAGCUCUCCACUGCACCUAACGUAUUAGUUUCUUCGGCCAUCAGAGCAGAACAGGACCAGAUAGUCUCGAGAAGCGCAUGAUCACUGUCCGCAUGGCAAGAAAGCAUAGAUAUGGACGUAUGGACACGCGUUUGGGCGGACAGAAUAACGUUAGAGACAAAAGCCACAUUACGGGCUAGCAUACGCUGGACCCAAGACAGAGCGGCUUGGAGAGCAUUGAUGAAGACCUACAGUCGUCGCGUCCCUCAGUCAUGAGGAUACGACAAAGAAAACAUUUUAAAUAGUUCCUGCGGGGCUAAGAUGGACGGCUGUCUAUCAUUUGUCACCAUACCUGUCACGCUCUAACAAGUGCGAAAGUGACGCAUGAUAUGACAAGUGACAAAAACGCGACCAUGAUACCGGUGCUGGUCAGAAUGUUUAAUUCUUUGUCUCGUUUUGUUGGCUUUACAUUAGGUUGGUUGACACAGGGGGGUAAAGGUGAGAUCCAAGCGCCGCUGCCCGCUAUUAGCAAUAGCCAUAGUUGGCGUUAAUUUAUAUUCGUUUUAGAAUAAGCCAGAGGGCGUUUCAGUUUGUUUGUCACGCUUCAAGUAAGAUAAAAGUUUUAUUGAUAUUUAUUAAUAUUUAAAUUCUGGACGGACAGUCAAUAAACACGCAAUAGUUGGUUCCAAUU